GCAACAUCGUUUUUGUGUGAGUUUGUUCCCGGCCAGUGUCGCGUCUGUUGUAUUCAGUGUUUUUGUUUGUCGAGAUAAAUUUAUUUUCUCAGCUUCUUUGUCAUUAUAAGUAUAUACCACAUGUGUUUAAAAGUGUCCAGGGUAGUUAAAAGUGUUAAUGGUGAAAGUGCAGAAAUGCAACGAUCCAUACGGAAAUGAAACCUCCUUUCUAACUGGGUCGUGAUUAUAAAUAAAUAAAUAAAAACGAUUGUUGAGCUCCAAAAGUUUUUCUAUGUAUAUAGUGAAAUAAUAUGAAGUUUAAUGGAUUUGAACAUCGAAACUUCGAACAUCAUCGAAAGAAUCUUCGUAUUGCUGUUUAAAUGAAAACAUCUAAUUGAGCAUCACACAUCACACUGUCAAUCUCGUUUUGAAAGAAAGAAAAACUUGUUCUGUUCUCGGUUUUUCCAUUCUCGGAGUUAGAGAAACAGUUAAUUGAACCAAGUUGAUUGUCACGAGCAAUCCACACACGUGACAAAUGACCAAGGUGCGCUUUGUAAAAAAAAAAUAUAAUAAUAUUGGAAUGAUGAUUUUGUUAGUUUACGAUAUUCAAGUGGAAAAUAAUAUGUUACACUAUGAGCUUGUAAUGUUUGUGACCUUGGCAAAGCAGGAUAUCCAUUGGUAGGAACCAGAAGUACCUAAAUGUCGAGAGAGGAUUACAAUUCUUUGGUUUUUCUAACGACAGAUAAAGGAUGACAGUUAGCUACACAGCCGAAGUUGCCACCUGCAGGGGCCUUGGCUGCUUUUUAAAAUUAUUACUUAGGUGGCGAGCCAGUAUUUAUAAACUUGUGUGGUUGGAGUUGGCAAUUUUUCUUAUGAUUUAUUACUCACUUUCGGCGAUUUAUCGUUUUCUACUCGAUGAUCAUCAAAAAAAAAUAUUCGAGUACAUUGUUGCAUAUUGUAAUGAGUACUCGGAUUACAUCCCAUUGGCCUUUGUCAUGGGCUUUUAUGUGACAAUUGUCAUGACCAGAUGGUGGAAUCAGUACACGGCAAUUCCAUGGCCUGAUUCGAUAGCCGUCUUCGUAUCUGCCACGAUUCAUGGCAAUGAUGAAAGAGGAAGAUUAAUGCGACGUACCAUCGUUAGGUACGUGUGCGUUUGCCUCACGCUGGUCCUCACGAAUGUUUCGCCACGAGUGAAGAAGCGUUUUCCCACACUGGACCAUUUUGUCGAUGCUGGUUUACUUCUUGAGAAUGAAUUAACAAUAUUUCAGAGUUUAAAUCAAAAAUAUCCAAAACCAAGUAAACAUUGGCUGCCAAUUGUAUGGGCGUCGAGUAUCGUCACUCGAGCGCGUAAAGAAGGUCGAAUACGAGAUGAUUUUGCGGUGAAAACGUUGAUUGACGAAUUGAACAAGUUUCGCGGUAAUUGCGGCACAUUAAUUCAAUAUGACAAUAUCAGCAUUCCACUUGUUUACACGCAAGUUGUUACUUUAGCUGUUUAUUCGUAUUUCAUCUCAAGUGUUAUGGGUGGACAAUGGGUUCAAAAUAAAUCCUCAUCGGCGAUUGAUCUCUACUUUCCCUUUUUCACCACUCUUCGAUUUUUCUUUUACAUGGGCUGGCUUAAAGUUGCCGAGACGCUCAUUAAUCCUUUUGGCGAGGACGAUGAUGAUUUUGAGGUCAAUUGGCUCGUCGAUCGUAAUUUACAGGUGAGUUACUUAAUUGUUGAUGAAAUGCAUCACGAACAUCCGGAAUUGAUACGAGAUCAAUAUUGGGACGAAGUGUUUCCUAUCGAACUUCCGUACACAGCCGCUUCUGAGCCAUUCCGUGAAGAGCAUCCCGAGCCGUCGACGGCGAACAUUCAACUUUCGGCAGCGCAACAAGAAAUUUUACCCUCCUCGGUGAGAAUUGACGAAAUGGUGCCGCCAGAUUAUCAAUUAAAGGAUAUUCGUACCGACGUUGCGGACGAUGCUGUCUCUGGGAUACACUUUCAUGCUGGAAAAAUUUCGAGGAGCACUAGCCGAAUUAGUAACAGAGAGAGAAAUAUGAGUCUUGGAUCGACACCGAGUAAUAUUGGAGGAUCGCUGACUAGAAUAGGAAGUGUUACCAGUGUACUUAAGAGAAUGUUUAGCAAAGAAGAUCGUCCGGAUGGGUCAAGUGUGAAAACUCCAGGGCUCCUUCCGAGUUCGAGUUCCGCUGCCUCGCUUCAAAAUCAACGUCAAAUUGGUCCAGGAGGGUCCAUGAGAAUAGGAGUGAUAGAGGAGGUGGACGAGAACGCAAUGACAAUGACGUCGAUGCGCCCCGAGUAUCGACCUCCACAUGUGAAUUCAAUUUUUCCUCAAGGUCCUCCACCGCCCAGCGAACCAGUCGAUGUUCCUAGAGCGAAAGAUUUUUCGAAUCGCAAUGGUCACUUAUUGUCAACAAGCGCACCUGCAGGAAUUGUUCGUUGUCGUAGUUCUUCAUCAGCAUCCAGAAAUCGACCCUCACAAUCAGCAAGAUCGAGUGUAAUGUACGAUCCGAGUUUCAUUAAUGAUUUAAACGAGGAGGACAAUGAUAACGAGAGUAAUGCAAGUUCAAUGCAUUCAUCUGACGAGUCAGUGGACGAGUUCACGAAAUUAAAAGUAGAAAGAGAAAAAAUACGAGCGGACAGGGCACUUGGUAAAAUUGCAAGAAGUAUCGAAAAUAAUCGGCAAAGCAUAUUGGAUUUAGCUGAUGGAGAAUCGCUUCUUCUUGCUGAUCUCGCUGAAUCUUCGAAACACGCAAUGCAAUCAGGUCGUUACAAGAAGGAUGAUUCAAGUAAUAAAUAAUUACUCGUUCACUCUUCUUCUUCUUAGAUGAAAAUUUUCUCAAAAAAAAAAAAAAAAGAAAUGAAAAAGACUUUGUGAUAAAAAGAAAAGACACUUUGUUCCGAGUGCACCAAUUUUUUUCUCUCUCUCUCUCUCUAUUGAAAUAUUUUCUAGAGAUAUAUUUAAAACUAAAGAUUUCGAAAUUAUCACUUCCCUAAUCUAGAUAAAAUGAAAUUUUAAUAAUUCCGAGAAACUUUUGUAAAUUCUGCUUUGAACUUGGCUUUUUAAUUAGAAAGAACGAAUUUUUUCUUGAUAUCUACACACGAGAAAUGUCAAUUCUCAUUAAAGAAAAUCCGUCUGGAAGUAAUACUUUUACGGUAAUUUUGUAAUCUACGAAGACAUUUUCGUACAACGAGUGAAUUGAAUAUUUUUAUGAAAGUAAUAAUGCUGCUCCUUUUACAAGCGAAGCUUUUUUUUAAAAAGAAAGAAAGAAAGAAAGAAAGAAAGAAAGAAACUUUCGAGAAUUGAAAAUAUUUUAUUAAAUUUUGCGAAAUCUUUAUUUUUAUAUGGCUUUAAUUAUAAUACCACCAGUGGUUCGUAUUAGUAGAAGAAUUUUAAUUAUAAUAUAGCGAAUUAUAUCUAGAUAGCUUAAAUUAGUCGAAUCAAUGCUUCAUUAAUGUCUUCAUGUGUACUUAUUCAUUAUUUUUUUCACAGAUCUGUUACAUCUGUCACACAAAUAAUUUUAUUUUAAAAAAAAAAAAGUUUUCAAUAUUUGCAGGAUAAAUGUGCCUAUAAAAAUCAGUGCCUAGAAUUUUUUUUAACUCAUCCUUUUGCUAUAAAAGAAUGUGCUUUUUUUACAUAAAUGAAUCACACAAUUGAUCGCACAUUUCUAUUUCGAUAAAAUAAGAAAAAACAAAGUAAAGUUUAUAUUUCCGUGUUAAUAUGAAAAUCAGUAUUAAUUAUCAAAAUAUAUUAAUCGACGAUAAAAAAAGUAUAUCUAACCAAUAAAUCUACUUUUUAGAUCACUAAUUUUUUAAUUCACCUGUGAAUUCUCUUUUUGUAAAAGUUGAUUUAUUGGUUUUUGUUUUUAUCGAUUUUGCUUUGGGGAAAAAAAAAUCAGCCAUUGUUAUUAAUUUUGACUGAAUUUACACAAACAAACAUUUUAUUAAUAGAUUAUACAAAAUUAUUUCUUGUUAAUGGAUUAUAUUUACUAUUUUUUAAAAACAUUGUACAACGAUUAUAAUUUGUUUAAUAGAUAUAAAUGAUGAUGAUGAUGAUGAUAAUGACUAGUUUUGUAAUCAAUUUUUAGUGCUUAAGCACGUAGUUAUUUUUUUAAGUCUCUGUAAAUUCGGCUUUUUUUAUAUAAAAAUUUUUUUUGUUAAGUGAUGCAAGCCGAAAGUAGAAUAUUAAUCAACGACUAAUUUAUAACGAAAAAUUUAUUUUUUGUGCUCGACAAUGUGCAAAAUUUAAAAUAUCUAAUGCCAUUGUUUAAACAGUAUUAACCCGUUGAAAUAAAUUGAUAUUUUCACGGGAA